AGGGUCUGUUCUCCGGGCUUCAUCUGAAGAAAAAAAAGAAGGGUGACAAAGGACUGACAUUUGCAAACAAGGGCGCACUCGGGAAGCACGGUGACACAGACAGCACACAUGGCGACCUCCCCGGGGCGAGCGAUCUGGGCGGCAGCAGUGAGAGUCUUCUUUCUGACCUCUCCCUCUCCAGCACGUCUCUGUCUUCCACCUCGCAAAGGAAACGAGCCAAGCUGGAAUCCAAGAUUCACGAGGGAGAAACAAAAACUCUAACCUAUCAAAUUGCCAUAACCAUAACUGAAGCACGGCAGCUAAUUGGAGAAAACAUUGACCCUGUGGUUAUCAUCGAGAUUGGGGAUGAAAAGAAACAAACCACUGUCAAAGAAGGAACAAAUGCCCCCUUUUACAAUGAGUACUUUGUCUUCGACUUUGUUGGGCCUCAAGAACAACUUUUUGACAAAAUUAUACGAUUGUCUGUUAUGCACAACAAGCUGAUCGGAAGUGUAUUAAUCGGAUCUUGUAGACUGGAUGUGGGCACGGUUUACAGCGAGCCAGGACAUCAGUUCUUUGAUAAAUGGGCUGUUCUCACGGACCCGGCUGAUAUACGGACUGGAGUGAAGGGCCACCUAAAAUGUGACAUCUCUGUAGCCGGCAAGGGGGACAGCAUGCAAUCCUCUCAGAAGAUCAGCGAUGCAGAAGAACAAAUAGAGAAGAACUUGUUAAUACCAAAAGGAUUUCCCACAGAAAGACCAUGGGCCAGAUUCUACGUGAGGCUCUACAGAGCAGAAGGCCUCCCGAAAAUGAACUCUAGCAUCAUGGCCAACGUCACCAAAGCCUUUAUAGGAGAUAGCAAGGACCUUGUGGAUCCCUAUGUAGUUGUCUCGUUUGCUGGACAGAUGGGUCGGACCUCAGCCCAGAAGAACACGGCAGAACCGGUGUGGCACGAGCAGAUCAUCUUCAAGGAGAUGUUCCCUCCGUUGUGUCGUCGAGUCAAGAUCCAGGUGUGGGACGAGGGCAGCAUGAAUGACGUGGCGUUGGCGACUCACUUCAUAGACCUGAAGAAGAUUUCUGACGAGCAAGAUGGCGACAAGGGAUUCCUUCCAACUUUUGGCCCAGCCUGGAUAAAUCUGUAUGGCUCUCCUCGUAAUACCACAUUGAUGGAUGACCACCAAGAACUCAAUGAGGGUCACGGUGAAGGGGUCUCAUUUAGAGGUCGUAUCUUAGUUGAACUUGCUGUAGAGAUUCUUUCUGGAGGAGCCCAUGAGUCCAAAUUUUCUAAAAUAAUCAAAGACAUUAAGAUCCCAUUGAAGGACUCCAAAUCAAAAGGAUCAGGGAAAGAAAAAGGAGAAAAAGGUGAAGAAAAAGAGGCCAAAGCUCCUGCGGGCGCAGAUAAGACCAACUCUACUCAAGUUGAAGUUGAACAUUUUGAAGUUCCUCCUGAGAUCCACGAAGAAAAGUUUGAAGAUUUUCUACUUUUUGGAUCCUUUUUUGAAGCAACUUUGAUCGACAGGAAGAUUGGAGAUAAACCCAUCAGUUUCGAGGUCACUGUAGGUAACUAUGGCAAUGUUCUUGAUGGGGUAUCACCACACGCAAGUAAAAAGAAAACAUCUGAUACUGAAGAUGUAGAAAGUGCCCCAUUACUACAGUCAGAGGAAGGAGAUGGUGAACACCAAGACUUACUAAUGUCUUAUAGAUCUAUGACCACAGCGGAAAAACCAACGAUAACAGAGGGGAACAGGAAUUAUAACUACUUACCAUUUUAUGAGAAAAAGCCCUGCGUCUAUGUAAAAAGUACAUGGGGAGACCAGACCUUUAGACUGUACAACUCCAACACUCUCCAGAAAAUGGCGGACCACCUGGAAGAAGGAUUAAAGCACAUGGUAGAGUUGGUCAAAGUUUCCGAUUUUGCGCCUGAAGAGAAGAUGAGAGACGUCCUCACUGACUUCAUCAGCCAGAGCAAGGCGUUCAUCUCGGCGGCAGAGAAGAAGAACAAAAUGAUGAACACAACGGCCCUGGAUAAGAAGAGAGUAACGCUCUGCAGACAGGAACUGGAGGGAAUGUCUAGCGAAGCAAAAGCAAUCGUGCAGCAGAAGAAGAAGAUGUCCAUAAAUGAGAUGACGAGGGACAUGCAGAGUUUCAUUGACAGGAUCAAGUUUCUGGUCGAUGAGCCGCAACAUACUGUCCCUGAUGUAUUUAUAUGGCUCCUCAGCAACAAUAAGCGCGUCGCCUACAACCGCAUCCCAGCCAGAGACGUUCUCUACUCCCCGGUGCCUGAAGAGAAAGGUCACCAUUGUGGAAAGAUUAAAACCCUCUUCUUCAAACUUCCAGGAAAAAGAGGUCCCGGAUGGAGCAUUCAGGCCAAAGUAGACGUCUUUUUAUGGCUGGGUUCUAGCAGGUACUCACAAGCCAUCCUAGAAAACUUACCAGCUGGAUAUGAGAUUGAACAUCCACCAGCUUCAAGUGGACAUCACGGGCCCCCUGCACCUGGCAAUCUUCUCUAUAAGAAAAAACAUCUGUUCCAGUUGCGAGUCCACAUGUACCAGGCCCGGGGGCUGAUCGCCGCAGACACUUCAGGUCUUUCUGAUCCAUUUGCCAAAGUGACAUUUGUUUCACAUUGCCAAACGACAAAGAUCAUUCCACAGACUCUUUCACCAACCUGGAACCAGAUGCUCUUGUUUAACAACAUAAUAAUACACGGAGAGAUAAAAGAAAUUGCUGAUGACCCUCCGAAUAUUGUCAUAGAGCUGUACGAUGACGACGCUCUGGGUAAACCUGAGUACAUCGGUUCUACAGUGGCCACUCCAACAGUCAUACUCUCUGACCAGACUUACAGCCCGGCUAAGCUGGCCUAUUACCCCUUGUUCUGUGGGCACCUCUCGGGGGGAGAUCUUUUGGCUGCAUUUGAAUUAUUCCAGAUUCCUGAUUCGGGCGCACAGAGCCUACCACCCAUCGAUGCCCCAGAUCCCAGUCAGGUCUACUCUGUCCCGGCAGAUAUCCGCCCGGUAUUGAGUAAAUACAGAGUAGAGGUUCUCUUCUGGGGAGUCCGUGAACUGAAGAAGGUGCAGCUGCUGUCAGUGGAUCGGCCUCAGGUCAUGAUUGAAUGUGCAGGGAAAGGCGUGAAAUCCAGCGUCAUCCAGAGCUACAAGAGCAAUCCCAACUUCACUGUUAUGGCGGACUGGUUUGAAGUAGAACUGCCUGAGAAUGAAGUGCUGCACCCUCCCCUGAGCAUCUGUGUGGUGGACUGGAGGGCAUUCGGUCGGAGCACACUAGUCGGGACCCACAUGAUCAAUUGUUUGAAGCAGUUUUUGUAUAAACCUUCUGAGCUGGACACCCUUGCACUACCAGAGGCUGAAAAUGAAGCUCCUCCUGCGGAAAGUGUUUCAGAUGCAUCCCAAUCGGAUUCUACUAACAAACAAGAGUCACCAGAUCAUAUCUAUGUGGAGGUGGAAUCAAGUCUGCCUCAAGAAAACUCAUCAGGAGCUUCUCCAUCCCCGUCUCCAGUCCCACCAUCAUCGGGUCCAUCACCGGACCCAGCUGCAGCUUCCCUCCUUGAUACAGACGUACCAACCACAGAAACCGCAUCUGACCCACCCGCAACUCAAGACAAAAGCCCAACCCCAGAGGGACCGAAACCUAAGACCUCAUCAGCGACGUUCAAAUCUCCCUUGAAGAAAGACACCAAACAGAAGGAAUUGGUGAGAGGUUCCAUCAGACGAUCCACUAAAAAGAAAAAGAGAACUAUAGCAGAUGAGUCAGCGGAAAAUGUAAUAGAUUGGUGGUCAAAAUACUAUGCAUCUCUGGAGAAACUGAAAAAGGCCAAAAGUGAUGCUGCAAGCACAGCGCCAUCACCGCCAGCAGUGGAGGAAACCUCCAAGACUUCAAAGACGAAAGGACAAGUUACGUUACUGAUUGAAGACGAGCCGGAUAAAAAGAAGAAAGACGGCAAGAAGGCACUUGAUGUGGUCAAACCAAAGUCAAAAGAGGAAGGGCCGAAACUCGCAACAUUGCAGAUAUAUGAUGGGGAACUGGAGAGUGAGUUUCAGAACUUUGAAGACUGGGUGAGAACAUUUGAACUCUUGAGAGGCAAAGCCAACGAUGAGGACCAUAGUGUCCAUGAUGACAGGAUUAUUGGGAAAUUUAAGGGUUGUUUCAGCAUUUAUAAAAGCAUGGAAGACCUCUCCAGCUCUAUGGAUACCCGACAACUGAGAAUUCUACAAGGAAUCCCUCAAAACCAUGCUGUGAAGGUUCUCAUCCGAGUCUAUAUUAUUGCAGGAUUUAACCUCAGCCCGGCUGAUCCGGAUGGCAAAUCUGAUCCCUACAUUGUCCUCCGACUGGGAAAGACCGAAAUCAAAGAUCGGGACAAGUAUAUCCCCAAGCAGUUGAAUCCAGUGUUUGGACGAUCAUUCGAAAUCCAGGCAACCUUCCCGAAAGAAUCUCUACUAAACAUCCUGAUAUACGACUACGACCUGAUAGGGACAGAUGACCUCAUUGGGGAGACAAAAAUCGAUUUGGAAAAUCGCUUCUACAGCAGACACCGGGCAACCUGCGGCCUGCAAAGUCAAUACGAAAUAGAAGGAUAUAACGCCUGGAGGGAUAGCACCAAGCCCACCGAGAUACUGAACAAACUCUGUAAAGACAACAAGCUUCCUGUCCCCAUUUUCCGACCUGGUCAAAUACAGAUUGGAAGCAAAGUCUUUUCAGGACAAACAGUGUUCGAUCAAGAUGAUGAAAAAGUGGAAUCCUAUGAGCAUCUUGCACUAAAAGUCCUUCAUUCCUGGAACCAGAUCCCGGGAAUUGGAUGUAAACUGGUUCCUGAACACAUUGAAACCCGACCCUUGUAUCACAGAGAUAAGCCUGGAAUAGAACAGGGACGCAUACAGAUGUGGGUGGACAUGUUUCCAACCGAUCUGCCUCUUCCAGGUCCCCCUGUUGACAUCUCACCUCGAAAACCAAAGGGCUAUGAAUUAAGGAUAAUCGUUUGGAAUACAGAGGAUGUUAUAUUGGAGGAUGAGAAUAUAUUCACUGGACAAAAAUCAAGCGAUAUCUAUGUAAAAGGGUGGUUAAAGGGUCUUGAAGAGGAUGACCAGGAGACCGAUGUUCACUACAACUCUCUGACAGGAGAAGGGAAUUUCAACUGGCGUUUUGUCUUCCCGUUUAACUACUUGCCUGCGGAGAAGCAGGUGGUUGUCAGUAAACGGGAAAAUAUAUUCUCCCUGGAGAAGACAGAACGUAAACUCCCUGCUGUUCUCCUGCUCCAGGUUUGGGAUUUUGAGAGACUUUCGUCUGAUGACUUCUUAGGUUCAAUGGAGUUAAACCUAAAUGGAUUUCAUCGUGGAGCCAAAACAGCAAAGAGCUGUGACUUGAGCAUGGCCACAACCUUAAAGGACGAGAACCGGAUCUCAAUAUUUCAGCAAAAAAGGAUUCGAGGGUGGUGGCCAUUUGUGAAGUCUGGAGAAUUGACAGGAAAAGUAGAAGCAGAAUUCCAUCUGGUCACAGCAGAGGAAGCUGAAAAGAAUCCUGUCGGACGUGCCCGAAAAGAACCGGAGCCAUUAGAGAAGCCAAAUCGUCCGGACACAUCUUUCUCCUGGUUCGUCAAUCCCUUCAAGUGUUUCUUCCACCUGAUCUGGAGAAAUUACAAGAAAUAUAUCAUCAUCGCCCUGGUCCUGCUCAUUCUAGCCCUGUUCAUUGCUUUGUUCGUCUAUACCCUGCCUGGAGCCAUCAGUCAUAGGAUCCUGAUUGGGUGAGCAUCAGCGGACGUGGGAGUCUGAUGGUUCUACAUUCGGAGAGCAACCAAAACCAUGUGGAUAUCAAUACCCAGAUUCAUUUACACCAGAAGAUCCCAGGGGAAAACUUCUAAGGGUUGUCUGGGAAAUAAAAUAUUUUUUAGAAGGACCUGGGUUCUGCAAAAAAAAAAAAAAGCAUACUCGCCUGUCCUGAUCCCUGCCAGCUUCCAUCCCCGUUGCUCUCGGCUUUUGCCUGCUUACAGUGAUGGAUGUGCUUACGGAUGCAUGAGCUGCUCCGCUAAGCCAGUCACUGACUGAGGUAGGACAUAGUUCCUGCAUGGUCGCCAUUUCACAAGAAGCAUGAAGAAGCCAAGAGAGACGAGGAUGGGAGCUGGCAAGGGAACAGGGAAGGUGAGUAUGUGUAAUGUUUUAUUUUGGCAGCACCUGGUCCCCAGACAACCCCUUUAAAGGGGUACUCUGGUGAAAACUUUUUUCCUUUUAAAUCAACUGAU